UUUUUUUUUUUUAUAUAACAUAUAUAUCUUAUAACUAACUAUAUUCAAAUAUGAACAUUAGACAAGCGACUGUUGAUGACUUGAUCGCUAUUCAAAACUGCAAUUUGCUUGACCUUCCUGAAAACUAUCAAAUGAAAUAUUAUUUAUAUCACGCUUUGUCUUGGCCACAACUAUCAUUUGUAGCUGAAGACGAUAAUGGCAAGAUUGUUGGUUACGUUCUCGCGAAAAUGGAAGAAGAACCUUCAGACGUACCUCAUGGACAUAUUACUUCAUUAUCUGUUAUGCGAACUUAUCGAAGACUUGGUUUAGCAGAAAAACUCAUGACACAAUCUUCGAAACAAAUGAUAGAAGUAUUUAAUGCUCAUUAUGUUUCUCUUCAUGUUCGAAAGACAAACCGAGCUGCUAUUGGUCUUUAUCGUGAUACAUUGAAGUUCAGUGUACACGAAAUUGAAAAGAAAUACUAUGCCGAUGGAGAAGAUGCUUAUGCUAUGCGUCUUACAUUUAAAGAACCCAAGAAACCUCAACUACGUGGUGUUGUGGAAGAAGUCAAUGUAGCAGCUGCUAAAUAGAUUGUAGAUUACGUUGUUUAUGUUAGAAUACAUUCAAUAAAAAAAAAAUCAUGAUGUUUUAUAUAUUAUAAAUAAA